ACCAGAGUAACGCCGCGCAGAACACGGGGUUGCCUGGAGGGGCGGCCCCAGUCCCUGCCGCGCCCCCCGCAACCCCAACCGUCCCCGGGCGCCUUCCUCCCGCUCCCUUUCCAAGGGCGAGGCUUAAGCAGAAAGCACGCGGAUGACUGUCCUUAGGGAAAGAGCCCUGACGCCCGGCUGGAGUUUUAUUUCUAGAGCGAGGGCGGGCAGGGGCCGGGGGUGGGGAGGCUCGCCGAGCUGGAGCGCGUCACCGUCGCCGGGAGAGACGCCGCGCCGCUGGAUAGGCAGAGGUACUCGCUCGCCCGCAGCCGGGGGGCGCAGCAGAGACACAAAAGUGCGGCCGGCGGCCCGGAGCGCGCGGGGAGCGGGCGGGAGGCCGGCGGGGAGCGGGCGCCCGCCGGGCGCUGCCAGGCCGGGGGUCCCUGUGCGCACAGCCCCGCGCGCUCCUCUCCCCGCGCCUGAGCGCACGUGCGCGGCCUGGUGGGACGUCCCGCCCGCCCAGCCGCGGGCGCUGAGGCUCCUGCCAAGAUGAUCGCUCGCUGGGUGCUGCUCUGUCUCCUCCCCGUGGUGCGAGCCGCGGAUGAGCAGAGCCUGGAGGCGGCCCUGGCGGGGCCCAACUCCUCACACUUCUCCUGGAACAACUAUAGCUUCUCCGACUGGCAGAACUUCGUGGGCCAGAGGCGCUACGGAGCCGAGUCCCAGAACCCCACGGGGAAAGCCCUGCUCAUCGUGGCUUAUUCCUUCAUCAUCAUCUUCUCGCUCUUUGGCAACGUCCUGGUCUGUCAUGUCAUCUUCAAGAACCAGCGGAUGCACUCGGCCACCAGCCUCUUCAUCGUCAACCUGGCCGUCGCCGACAUCAUGAUCACUCUCCUCAACACCCCCUUCACUUUGGUCCGCUUUGUGAAUAGCACGUGGGUGUUCGGGAAGGGCAUGUGCCACGUCAGCCGCUUCGCCCAGUACUGUUCCCUGCACGUCUCAGCCCUGACACUGACAGCCAUCGCCGUGGACCGCCACCAGGUCAUCAUGCAUCCCUUAAAACCCCGGAUCUCAAUCACAAAAGGUGUCAUCUACAUCGCAGUCAUCUGGACUAUGGCGACGUUCUUUUCACUCCCACAUGCUAUCUGCCAGAAAUUAUUUACCUUCAAGUACAGUGAGGACACUGUCCGCUCCCUGUGCCUGCCAGACUUCCCUGAGCCAGCCGACCUCUUCUGGAAGUACCUGGACUUGGCCACGUUCAUGCUGCUUUACAUUCUCCCCCUCCUCAUCAUCUCCGUGGCCUACGCCCGUGUGGCCAAGAAGCUGUGGCUGUGCAACACCAUCGGCGACGUGACGACGGAGCAGUACCUGGCCCUGCGGCGCAAGAAAAAGAAGACCAUCAAGAUGCUGAUGCUGGUGGUGGUCCUCUUUGCCCUCUGCUGGUUCCCCCUCAACUGCUACGUCCUCCUCCUGUCCAGUAAGGUCAUCCGCACCAACAAUGCCCUCUACUUCGCCUUCCACUGGUUCGCCAUGAGCAGCACCUGCUACAACCCCUUCAUCUACUGCUGGCUCAAUGAGAACUUCAGGGUCGAGCUGAAGGCGUUACUGCGCAUGUGCCGAAGGCCGCCCAAGCCUCAGGAGGAGCGGCCGCCCUCCCCGGUCCCCUCCUUCAGGGUGGCUUGGACAGAGAAAAGCAGCGGCCACAGGGCUCCCCUGGCCAACAACCUCUUGUCCUCCCAACUCCAGUCUGGGAAGACAGACCUGUCUUCCGUGGAGCCUAUUGUGGCAAUGACUUAGAGGAGGCGGGCAGGAAGAGGCGGGGGUGGGGAGCUCUGGCUCCAGAUGAGGCUGGGAAAGGGCCUGCGGACAGAGCCUGCCCUCACACACCUUCACACGCUGGAAACGAGUUCCUGAAGACGCCUGAGGAUGCUUGAGUUCCUAGGCAACUCUGCCCUAGCCUCUUAGACCCAUUUGAUGUGAAAUCGAAAAGACAACUCCCAGCUCGACACAUGUUUGUGAAUUCCCGUCUGAGACAGGCGGGUUCCCUGAGCCAGAGGACCCAGGACCACUUCAGCCCACGUGGCGGCUGAGUCUGUCAACUGCCUCCAGCUGUCAGGCAGCUUUCCAACCCUAUCCACCACUGAGCGCCCAUGAAGGACCCCCGAGAGGCGGACUUGGGGUGUGGCUGACCCAGCUGCAUGGCUGUGCUUGAGAAAGGCCCAUUGGCCAGCGAAAGGUCAGUGAGCCAGGGCCGGCGUGAAGGUUUGUACGCCUGGCUUUCUGAAGUCACUGGAGCAGGAUGAAUCCCAGUUCUGUGGUAGCCCAACCCGUGACAAGAAAAGACCAGUUGGGUUCUUUAAAAUAAAGAGGAAUUACUGAGCUUCCUUAAAACAAAGAAAAACAAUUAUUGAAACUUUGGAACAUUCAGAAAAGCACAAAGAAGAAAAUUAAAAGCACCCCCUUCUCCCACUAAUUUGUGAUAAGUUCUGUCAAACUGCUGUGGAUUUCGUUGCAACUUUUUUCCCUGUAUGUGUGUGUGUGUGUGUGUGUGUGUGUGUGUGAUUUUCAUUUCAUGCUGAAUUACACUUUUCCAUUUAGAGAUAAGCAAGAAACAUGGGCCUGCCUGCGAACUCCAGAACUCUUCUCCCAGGAAUACUGUCUACCAGAACAUUGGAAGAUGAGGUGGGAGAGGAGCCCAAGGGGAAGACUGUCCCAGAGCGGACAGACUGCCUUCAUCC